UUGACGUCCUCACGCUGUGUCCCCGCCCCCUGCUGGUGCGCGGCCAGCAGCGGAACUUCCGGUGCGAGUUGAACCGGGACAGCGGAGCGCAUCUCUUCCAGUGUAUGUGUGGCAACAACAUGUCUUUUCCGCUGCUCACCGAGGCCGUGACAGUGUCCGGAAUGGAGAAGGAGACCGCGGCGGUGAUCUUCCUUCAUGGGCUGGGAGACACAGGGCAUGGGUGGGCUGACAGUUUGACGGGGAUCCGGCUGCCUCACGUCAAGUUUAUCUGCCCAAACGCGCCCAAAAUCCCAGUCACUCUCAACAUGAAAAUGACGAUGCCCGCAUGGUUUGACCUCAUGGGUCUCAGCCCCGACUCCCCGGAGGACGAAUCUGGAAUCAAGAAGGCAGCAGAAAACAUCAAGGCCAUAAUCGAUCAUGAGGCCAAAAAUGGGAUCCCCCCAAACCGUAUAAUGCUCGGCGGCUUCUCUCAGGGUGGCGCCCUGUCCUUGUAUACUGCCUUGACCUGCCAGCAUCAGCUGGCUGGUGUUGUAGCCCUCAGUUGCUGGCUUCCACUUCACAGCAGUUUCCCAUCGGAGUCAAGCAGCAAAAAGAACCUCCCGAUCCUGCAGUGCCACGGGGAGGCGGACGUCAUGAUCCCUAAGCAGUUUGGUAACAUGACGGCAGAUAAACUCCAAUCCAUAGUUAACCCUCAGAUGAUCACCUUUAAAACCUACCCAGGGCUCGCUCACUGCUCCUGUCCUCAGGAGAUGGCGGCUGUAAAGGAAUUUAUCGAGAAGCAUUUGCCCCGAAUCUGACCUCACCCCACCCCCACUGUGACCCCUGAGACACUCACCGCUCACCCCUGAUCUGCCAUUCUCCCACAGGAAACAGCCAUGAGCACCCACCCCUUCCACACACACACACACAUAUGCACAUAUAAUGAUAAUGAUUUGAUCCACAGCGCUAAACGAACUACGAACUUGUCGUGCAGUCCAAUCCAACAACAAUCAUACUGGAAACAAAUUUUUCAAACACUGAUUAGGAUUAGAUACCAGCGUAACCAAGUGCUUGCACUUUCGGGUCUUAGCCUUUUGGAGGGAAAAACACUGAUUCACACUCAAUACAUUCCCUUUGGUUUAAUUUAAACAACCUCUGUCUGUCGCUUCCAUCUUAACUUUAGUCAUUCUCCAAUUUUACUUAAUUCCACUUGAUCGUAACCUCUUUUCUUCAGCUGUCACCGCCUCCCUUGCUACCACUUCCUCACCUUUCCCUCUUGCAUUGCUGCGUCAGGCUGUGACAUGAGGAAGAGAACAAAAAAAUAAGAUUUGAGUCGGAUUAGUGAGUUAACAGCAAGCUGUGAGCCCAUUAACCGUGCUAGCUUCUUCAGCCCCACCUGUGCUAUUUCCUAUUAUAUCAUGUGGUUGAAUCUAGUCUUGAGAGCAGCUUCACUGCUAUAGUCUGACUCAGGUGCAGUGAGUUUUAAACCUGGAGCUUCUGUUUUACCACAGACCCAUCCAUUCCACCACCUUCCACCCCAUGACGGUGCUCUGCGGCCUGCCAGGUCUUUAAUCUCAAUCACUUAACUACAACCGGCCCUUUUUAUUGAAGCACCAACAUUCACCGGGGCCUCAAGUUACUUUUCUUUAAUGAGUGUGAGUUAAUAUCUUGAAUUAUAUGAAGAAAUUACAAUUGAAAUAAAAAGAAAACUAAUCAAUUGAUGCUUUUGCCAUCUUGUGCUGUUUUUUCCAUUACUUACACAUCUGGUGAUUAUCUCUUCCUGCUCCGACCCUGUGAUUCUUGUUGAGGGUUGUGAAUGACUGACCUGAAUGAGUUGUAUGAAAUAAUGCAUCUUUGCUUGUGUCUGCAGGCAGCUCACCAUGAGUGGUUUCACUGUUCCUCCCACCUACACCUCAUCUUUUAAACAUUUCUAUCAUUUCAAGCUUCAUCAUUUCAGCAGCAUCCUCCUCCCCAUUAGUUCCAGUUGGUUCUUGUGAACUCUGGAAAUAGAAAACCUGCUUCUUCCACGCCACCACAGCAAAGUUUGAAACUAACACAAGAAUAUUCCCUUACCAGCUCCCUCUUUGGCAACUUACUGUAAACCACUAACAGAACAUUGAAGGUCAGAUUUAAAGUUAACCCCCACAAGUACUUACUGUACACUGGAGGGCUUUAGCAAGAAGCUUCUCCAACGUAACUUAAGGGGGAUUUUACAAAAAAAAGUUAAUCUCGAACAACUCGGACAUAGGAGUGUAACUCUGAGGAGUCAUGUGUGCUUCAAAGUUAAUAUAUCAGGUGUUCUGCAUUUUCCUUUGUGAAUGUUAAUUUUGCUCUCCUUGUGAUUACCUGUUCUAUAUUGCUGUUAUUAAACCUGAUUUUUAAAACAAAAAGAAAAACAGUGGGAAAGGACGAAAUACAUCUGUUUUGAUUGUUGUAAACAAAUCAAUGAAUGUCCUUCAUUACCUCCUGUACUCUUUUUUUCCCCCAUCACUAAAUCUCUGAUGCAGCCCUGCGUUCUGUUUUCUUCUCAUCAUUUAAUUUUCUCUCUUCUUAGACUCCAUCAUUUUUUUAUAUUCCAAAAUCUGGUGUGUGACGGUGUCAGACUGUCUCGUGUUUUCUCCUGGGUUGUAUGUUGUCAUUGAUUUAACUUUACAUGUUUUUUUCUCUUUGUGUAUUGGACUUAAUGUUGUGUUUUGUCACUGUUGUCAUCUCAUCCUUUUUUUGUGUCCAUUUAUAAUGAUGACCAUUAAGAAUACAUGUUGAGGCGAGACUGAUGGUCUCUCCACAUAUUUUGUUUCCUAAACACCUGUAUGCAAAAUAAAUGACAGAAAAAAAAAA